AACAAAAAGUUCACGUUUAUUGCCUUCACGUUAACCAAAAGUAGUAAUAAUAACAAUGAGUUUGACUCAAUUAAAAGCCAAAGAAGUAAAGGAGAAACAGAAUUUGUUACCUAAACUCAGGACUAUUUUAGCAAACCCAAUUAAAACCAAAUGUCCCACCUUAGAAGAAAAUGAGUUCAAAGGCUUUUGUAGCUUGCUUCAGGAUGUCAUCCGUCAAAGCGGCAUGGACGCACAAGAAUUUAAAAGAGCUAAGAAUAUACAAUUAGGUUUGGAAAGUUCUUUACGAGCAAUUAAUAAUUGCCAGACUUGUUGCGUGUUUAUAUCAUUGAGUAUUAAACCUAAUCAUAUUAUCGGCAUAAUUGCACGCAAUGCGCUAGUGAAGGAUGAAACUCAACCAAUUUAUGUUCAACCCGAUUUAGAAGAUUUCACUCAACAACUAUUUGGAAUAAGAUCUUUGACUUUGGUACUCCCUCGGCAUUUACAAACAAUCAGUCAAGAGUUAUUUGAAUGGGUAGAAAAAAGAAAAAAAUCCAAAAAAUUACCAAAAAUCGUUAAAAAUGAAGUGAAAGAGCGCAAAAGACCACAAGUCGUUAAAAAUGAAGGGAAAAAUUCCAAAAAAUUGAAAAUUACAAAAGCUGACGAAGAAGAAACCAUCGAAAAAGUUGAACAAAUGGAAACCAGCGGACCUUCCUCCCUUCAAUGGUCAAGUGAUUUCAUUUCAUUAGAUAAAUCCGGAAGCCACGACAUGAAUAAGAAAAUGAAAUUGGAAACUGAAGAAAAGGACGAACUUGAAUCAACUCUAUUGAGCAUGAUCAAUGUUAAAGAUACUCAAAAAGACGCAAGUAGCCAAGCAAAAAGUGUGAAAUUAAAUGAAAUUGCAUUAGGUAAGGAAGAGGCAGAGGACAGUGAUAUAGAUGAAGAAUUUCUAAAAUAUCAACCUGCGAUUGUUCAUUAUAUUCAACCUAAUCCCAAUAAAAAGAAAGAUAGAAAAAGGAGACGUAAAAAGAAUAAUAAAAAAGAAAAGAAUUAAAAAGAAAGAAG